UGGAGAUCGAUUCAUAACAAAUCUUGGUGGGGUGUGGAAAGGAUCAAACAUUUUGGGCAGGCCACCCCGUUGCUUCUUACGGUAGCUGUUAUUGAGCUCAGUGACAUUGCAUUUGCAGUUGACUCAAUACCUGCAGUAUUUGGUGUAACGCGGGAUCCAUUUAUAGUCUUUACUUCUAAUCUUUUUGCCAUUUUGGGUUUAAGGUCGCUUUAUUUAAUAGUAUCGGAGGGUAUGUCUGAGUUGAAAUACUUACAGCCCUCCAUUGCUGUUGUUCUGGGAUUUAUUGGGGUUAAGAUGAUCCUGGACUAUUUUGGAUUUCAUGUCUCCACAGAGGAAUCUCUUGGUUUUGUAGCCUCAAGUCUUACCAUUGGAGUGGUAUUAAGUCUGGCUAAGAAGUCUGAGUAACUCAGAAGCUCAUUUCAACUCAUCAUCGUCUCCAUCCCCAGACACACCUUCCCCAAAACAAUGAAAAUAAACCCAUCGUUUCUUCUUUUAUGUUGAAAACCCUCUAGUGAGGAUAAUUUGUUUAAUACAUUGGUUUCAUUUGCCAAUUGAGGAAAGUUUGCUGAUUAUUCUGUAAAGUUGAUGUUCAAUGAUGAAGCAUAAUUCUAAGUAUCACUUUGGAAAAUGUUCAUUAUCAA